GUAACUACUGCUUAGCUGUUAGUGCCAUAAGCUGACAGUUUACACGUGGCAUACUUCCCAUUGGUAGAAAUAACUACCUGUUGUUUUUUUCUUUUUCUUUUUUUUUAUCAUGUCUUUGAAGCAAACCCUUAAAACACUACACGACGCAUAUAAAAGCCGCGCCUCACCUUGUUAUUUGCUGUUUACUGUCAGCAAACGAAACUAGCGACUCAAUUCAAUAUUUUCCUUUACUUUCCAGAGAAAAUUAGCAACGAAAUUUGUUGUUUUAGAAAAUUUUCUCGGAAAAGUUUUUAGUUUGACACCAAGAAGAUGAAGAAAAAGUCCAAUUUGUAUGGUAAAAUGAGUGAAAGCUCAAAUAAUAAGACUUCGUUGUCUUCCACGUCCGUAGAAGAAGAAAUGGAGUGGGAAAUGAGACCCGGAGGGAUGCUGGUGCAAAAGAGAACCCAGAACGCUAACUUUCCUGCCCCUGUUAUUGGCUUACGCGUUGCUUAUGGGGCGGCGCGUUAUGAGAUCUCCGUGAACUCUCGAGCGACUUUCGGGGAGGUCAAGAAGCUUAUAACAGCAGAAACUGGGUUACAAGUGGGAGAGCAGAAAGUGAUAUUCAAAGGAAAAGAGAGAGAAAACAGUGAGUAUUUGGACAUGUGCGGAGUCAAAGACCGAUCAAAAGUAAUAGUGAUGGAGGACCCAGCAAGCAUAGAGCGAAGGUUCAUCCAGAUGCGCAGAAACGCCAAGAUCCAGUCCGCAUAUCGCGCCAUCAAUGACGUCUCCAUGGAAGUUGAUAAGCUGGCGGACCAAGUUUCUGAAAUCAAAAAAUCGAUCUCCAAUGGAGUUAAGGUGCCGGAGGUUCAAAUCACGACACUAAUUGAGAUGUUCAUGAGACAAGCAAUCAAGCUAGACAACAUUGCUGCUGAGGGAGAUGCUUUUGCCCAGAAAAAUUUGCAGGGCAAGAAAGUUCAGAAAUGUGUUGAAACCCUUGACACGUUGAAGAUAUCAAAUGCUAGAGUAAAGCCUGUGAUCGUCACAACCAAAUGGGAGUCUUUUGACCCUUCUCCGGCCAUUGAUCAAUGGGAAAUUUUUGACUGA